CGUGUCCGCUUCGACUCCCAUGAUGGAUCUCGUAGUCGAGAAUUCGAAUUCGGCCCUAGCCCAAACGAGUAGUACUCUAGGCCCGACACCCCUCAAAUCAUGGUGACCGACUUAGACGGCGAUGUCCUAAUGCAAGACGCGCCACCACUUCCAAGGCAGAACCCCUCCCUCUCCUCCUCAUCAUCGUCAUCGUCAUGCCCCCCUUCAUCGUCAUCACAUUUCCCAAGCCUCGUCCGCCUCCCCAUCCGCCGGCGCCGAGACCCCUUCCUCGAGCAGUUCAUCCCCUACGACAACCCGGCCGUCUUCGACGUGCAGCCCGCGGCCUGGCACAAGCGGCUCCACGGCGUCUUCCUCUUUCGGUACACGGACUUCCGCGGCUGGCCCGCCAUCAUGCCAACGGCGGACGAGAGGCGGAUCCGGGAGUACUUUGCGCGUCUGGGCGACGGUGAUGAAGGACAGGAGGGGAGAGGAAAAAGAAAAGCCGAAGGACGAGGAGGAAGGGAAGGAGAGGGAGUUGACCCGCUGCUCCUCGAGGCCCGCACGUGGUGCUGCUGGGCCCAGGGGUUCUCGUACCUCGAGCCCGAGAUCCGCUGGGUGCUCACGCUCGUUUAUGACCUCGUCGGCGUGCUGAUCGCGAAGCAGAAGAGAGCGGCGGUGAAUAGUCGGCGAGCACGAGUACCCGUUGGGGACUACCGGGGUGGUGGUCCGAGUAACGGUUUUAACAAUAAUAGCAAUAGUAUUGGCAAUAGUAGUGGUAGUGGUAGUGGCAUUGGCGGUAUUGGUAGUAUUGGUGGGUCGACUUGGAAUUGGAGUGGGCUCGAGGAGGGAAGAAGAGGAGGAGGAGGGAGAGGAUCGGAAAACGCGAAAAAUCCUGGUCGCUUGUUCUGGAGCGGCCGGUAUUAUCUUUAUAGUCUGAUGGCGGUCGUGAGGGACCUCAAGGAGGAGUUUAGGGUCCAGGACUUGGUUAUCCCUCGUUUUAUGUGGUUUGCGGAGGGGUAAGAUGGACUACGCUAC